CAGACGCAGACAUGAAGGGGCUGUGUGUGGCAGCGCUGGUCCUUGUGAUCAGCUCCGAGGCGCUGGGAGGAUAUAUCAGCAGCGGAGGCGGCGGCGGCUGGAGAGGUGGUGGCGGCGGAGGUUAUGGAGGGGGUGGUUUUGGCGGGGGCAGUUUCGGCGGGGGCGGUUAUAGUAAGGGAGGUGGUGGCUUCGGAGGAGGUGGCUUCGGAGGCGGUGGACACGGAGGCGGCGGCGGCUUCGGAGGCGGCGGUGGCGGCGGCCCCACCAUCAUCAAGAUCAUCAAGCUGAGCGGAGGCGGUGGCGGUGGAGGCUACGGAGGUGGUGGUGGUUUCGGAGGGGGCGGCAAGGGAGGCUUCGGAGGUGGUGGCUUCGGAGGCGGAGGCUACGGAGGCGGCGGCGGCGGAUACGGUGGCGGCGGACACGGGGGUGGCGGCGGAUGGAGGGUCAGCAGCGGUGGCUGGUCCGGCGGCGGCGGCGGAUGGAACGGCGGCGGCGGCGGCGGUGGUUGGUGGUAAUGAGCUGCUUUAACGCGGCGCCGACGCGUCCCGAGAAGAGCCGAGCUCCACCGAAGAGCUGCACGACACUCGCCGAAGCCGAGUCCCGUUAUCCACCCUCCGGCGACGAGACACGUCGGACGUCGUCUUGUACAUUGCGUAAAUCGUUUCAAAAUUCUGUACACUUUGUAUUCUGGCAAUAUAUGUUACAUUAAAAUUUUGUACCACCAUUUCUAAA